UCAGUGGUGCCAUCGUGUAAAUAUAUUUUGACAUACCGCAGUCGCACGUGUAUUAUUCUUUUCCGACGCUAUAGUAAAUAAAUGGAGGAUUGAUUAGCUCAUGGGAACAAUUCACUGCGAUAAAGUUGCUGCCAAAAGUAAUUACGCUGACAAUCAAACAUCAAAACUACCCAAUUGCCGUCAUGGGUCGCCUAGCUGAGCUUGCCGGAGAUAAUGACAGUGGUGAAAAAUCAAGAACUUUUGUAUUUCAAGAUGAAGGACAUACUUUAGGAAAUGUUCUACGAUCUAUCGUUGCUCAUUAUCCUGAUGUAGAAUUUUGUGGAUAUACUGUACCUCAUCCAGCAGAAGCUAAAAUGCACUUCAGAAUCCAAGCUAAGAAGGGAAGAGCAGUUGAUAUUUUACGCAGAGGGCUGGAAGAUUUGUCCAAAGUUUGCGAUCAUACCAUAAAGACUUUUGAAAAAGCAAUGGAUGAGCAUAAGAAUGUAAACGGGAUGGAUACUAGUUAAUAAAUAGAGCAUUAUAUUAAAAUUUAAGAUAACUGUUUGAUUUUUAUAUUUCUACAUAAAAUGUAUCAUAAAGACUGUAUAUAUUUUAAAAUAUAAUCCAAUUUUUUAAAAAA